UUUCGUUACUUAGUAGAAAUUUGUGAACUUGGAACGAUGAAGAAAAAGUCCAAUACAAAAUUAAAAUCUGUCAUAUUAUAAAUUUCAUAUAAGGCCAUCGAUCUAUAUCUAGUUACUUAGAUCAAAAAUACUUAACGUGAAAACCACAAUAAUUACUUAGUACUUACAGUAAUUACUUAAACACAACAAUUAUAUUAUACGUUUGAACUUUCUUAUAGUCAAAAGAGAGGUUAGUUUCGUCAAUAGAGGUUACCAAUAUUUAAUGUACUUAAGAGAAAUUUCGUUCGUUUCCUUCUCUUACAAGUCCAUGUCACGAUCCCGUAAUUAAUAUAAAUUCUAAGCUUAUCAUCAACAUCAACACAAGAUUAGUCAAGAAAAAAAAAAAAACUCUUACGAAUAGAAAACAAAAUGAAAAUUUGGAGCCAAAGAUUAUCGUUUCUAAUCGUCAUGAUCUCCAUUUUCUCCGGGCUCCAUUUCUCCUUGGCCAGCCGCAAGCUCCCUAGUAUGACCACGACGGAGGAGUUCCAGCGAUUAAGUUUUGACGGCAAGAGAAUGUUAUCGGAAGUGACCGCCGGCGAGAAGUAUGAUCCGAUCUACGGAGCUUCCGCCAGAUUAGUUCCCGAAGGUCCUAACCCGCUUCACAACAAAUGAUAUAUUUCUAUAUUAUUAUAGUUCAAAUUUUAAUAUAUUAAAUUUGUCUAGGGUUUUAUUUAGAAUAUUUUCACCUUGUGUCAACAAAUUCUCUUAUUUCUGGUUCUUUAAUUUCUUGUAUUUUGUAGAUAUAAUGUAUGAUAGAUAUACGUACAGAGACUUCUAUAAUUUUUGUUCAUAUUUACAUUUAUUUGUACUAUUGAUGUUGAAAAUAUGUACCAAAUGAUUCUUUUGUAGUAUUGAUUUGAACGAGAGCUGAGAUUAGAAAAUAA